CCACCAAUAAGCCCAAUGAGCUGAGUGCGCACCGCACCGCCCACUGUCGGUGUGUAUUUUUUUCUCCUCCUUUCUCGUCUUUUUUUUUUUCCACCAGAGCUGGAUGUGUAGAUCGUCACAUGUUGUUUCCCCUCCUCAGUCCGGACUCUAGCAGACAUGUGUUUUGUAUUGCUCAGGCUCUGGAAAUAGAGGAUUAAAAUAAAGCGCGUCAUUUCUUUAGCAACUCGAGGAAAGGGAGCAUUGUGUCUGAUAGCGAAGGACACGAGAAUGGCGAGUCCGCCAAACACAGAUCAGCCGUUAUUGCACAGUAAUACGAACGUGAACAAUAUCAAGAAAUGCGGAUACCUAAAGAAGCAGAAACACGGACACAAGCGCUUUUUCGUUUUAAAAGAGCCGAGCGAAGGUUUCCCUGCCCGGCUGGAGUACUACGAGAGCGAGAAGAAAUGGAAGAACAAAUCGGCCGCGAAGAGAGUUAUUCCUCUGGACUGCUGUCUCAAUAUCAACAAGAGAGCGGACGCAAAACACAAAUAUCUUAUUGCUCUUUAUACCAAGGACGAGUAUUUUGCCGUGGCGGCAGAAAACGAGCAGGAACAGGAGAGCUGGUACCUGGUGCUGACGGAUUUAAUGACAGAGGGGAAAGUAUACGACGGCUCAGCGUCCAACUCCGCGUCCUCGCUGGUUGGCUUCGACGAGGAGAGCUACGGUGUGAUAACGCCGGUUACCGCCAUCUACAAGGAGGUAUGGCAAGUCAAUCUGAAAUCCAAAGGCCUGGGUCAAAGCAGAAAUUUGACCGGAGUGUACAGGCUCUGUCUCUCCAGCCGGACUAUCAGCUUUGUCAAGCUGAACUCAGAGGUUGCCUCAGUCAUUUUACAGCUGAUGAAUAUCCGGAGGUGCGGCCAUUCUGAUAGCUUUUUCUUUAUUGAGGUUGGUAGAUCUGCAGCCACGGGUCCGGGGGAGUUUUGGAUGCAGGCUGAUGACUCUGUGGUGGCUCAAAAUAUCCACGAAACUAUCUUGGAGGCGAUGAAAGCCAUGAAGGAGCUGUCGGAAUUUCGUCCGCGCAGCAAAAGCCAGUCAUCUAGUACAAACCCCAUCUCUGUGCCCACACGGAGGCACCUGAACAAUCUCCCCCCCAGCCAGACCGGACUUCCCCGGCGGUCGCGCACUGACAGCAUGGCUAUGACCUCUCCUGUGAGCAAAUUUUCCUCCUGUCGAAUACGCACGGCCAGCGAGGGCGAUGGCACCAUGGCACGCCCCAUGUCACUGACUGGGAGCCCCCUUAGCCCAGGGGUCCACAGGACCCUCCUGAGCAGAUCUCACACCAUUUCAAUGCGCCCUUGUCGGACAUUUGAAAAUUCUUCUCUCCAGCACAGUAAGUCCAUGUCUAUGCCCCUGUCUCCUUCUCCACCCAUAGCCACCUCAACUCAAAUAAAUCUGUCCUUCUGCCCAGACAGCAAUGCUCCUCGCCCCUCUAGCUGCAGUGCCUCCUUUUCAGGCUCCCCCAGUGAUGCUGGUUUUAUAUCAUGUGAGGAGUAUAGCUCUAGCCCUGCGGACGCACGGGACCUGAGGCUACCGCUAACCCUCCGUAGCAACACUCCAGAGUCUCUCAAAGCUGACACUCCUCCCUCCCGGGAAGGCAGUGAGCUUGAAGGCUACAUGGUGAUGGAGCGGCAGAAUGGUUACCGGCGGUUACCAGAGCUGGACAAGGCUUAUCGAAAGCGCACAUACUCCCUCACUACCCCCCGCCAACAGAGGGGUCCCCCCCAAGUAUCUUCAGCCUCCCUGGAUGAGUAUACUCUUAUGAGGGCCACUUACACUAGUGGGAGCCAGUCUUCUCGCAGGUGUCACACUGCCUCCCCUAAAGGGAUCUAUCCUGAGGAUUACAGGGAGGUUCAGAUCAGCGUUGGCAUUCUCCAAGGUGACAGUGGCUAUAUGCCUAUGAUGCCAGGUGUACCCCAGGCACCAGGGUCCAAGCAUGACCUCUACAUGCCCAUGAGCCCCAUGUGUGUUUCUGCUCCAAAGCAGAUCAUCAACCCCCGUUCACACUCUUCAGCGGGGCUGGCCCCCCACACAGAGUCCCCUGGGAGUGUUUCUCUGGAGGACAGUGGCUAUAUGCGGAUGUGGUGCGGAACCAAGAUGUCAGUGGAGAGUACUGAUGGAAAGCUCACCAAUGGAGAGUACCUGAACAUGUCUCCUGUCGACCAUCUGGUGUCUCUGACACCCACAGACUACAUCCUCAGUCCUCCAGGGGGAGAUCCCCACCCCCACCAAAAUCACAGACAGCCUUAUUCUUACAGCUCUCUACCACGCUCACUUAAAGGCCAGCUGCAGCGCAAUGGGUCCACAGACAAAGACCAGUAUGUGGUCAUGAGUUUACAGAGACAGCGGAUAGAAGAGGAGUCCAACUAUUGUCCUGUCUCUCCAGGAGAUUUUGUGGCCAGCAGCUCUCCGGGGACACCAAGCACCCCUUCCUCUGCUCCAUCUCCUCUCAGAGUGGCUCAGGUAGAUGGGGGUCUGGUAAACCGCAGUAGGGUGUGUCGCCCCACCCGCCUGGCUCUGGAAUCACUCAGAACACUACCAUGUAUGAGCGAACACCCACUUCCCUCGGAGCCACGCAGCCCUGGAGAGUACAUCAACAUAGACUUUGGUAGUGCUACUUGUAACCCGCUGGCAUCCACAGUGUCAGAGAGCACUGAGUCCUCUGUGAGUUUAAUGUGUGCAGAGAGGGGAUCCCUGCCAUUCUCAGACUAUGCUAAUGUUGACGUCAGCUCCCCGGGUCACCUUAGCUCACACCAACCCGGGAGUUACCUCCCUGCAGGGUGCCGAAACCACACGCCUGAAGUCUUGACUUGCCCUAGUCCGAUGAACGCCCAGCAGAACAUGCAGGGAGGCGAGAAGGGAGAAGAGAAAAAAAGCAUAGAGAGACAGGCAGAGGAGAGGGGGAUGGUAAAGGAAUAUCCCCUCCAGCAGCAGGUGAGCCUGGUGUGUCAGCCUGCUCCAGUCAAGGAUGACUACACUGAGAUGACUUUCAGUCCUCCUGCCCCUCUACCUGCUCUCUGCACCACUGAUGAUGCUCCCCUCCCCACCAGCCCCACCAGCUGUGUCCAGAGACUCAGCCUUGAGAGCAGCAUUGUGGAUGGUGUGCCUCCUGUGCCUGUGGACUCUUUUCUCCUGGGGGGUCCAUCGUUAUCUGUCACCCUCAUGGAACCACACAGGGGGGCCAAAGUGAUCCGGGCUGACCCUCAGGGGCGCAGACGGCACAGUUCUGAGACCUUCUCCUCCACCACCACUGUCACACCAGUGUGCCCAUCCUUUGCCCAUGACACCAAACGGCACAGCUCUGCCUCUGUGGAGAAUGUAUCCCACAUUGUUUGCAGCUCUGAAGGUUCUGACGAGGACUAUGGCAGCAACAGCUCCAUGUGCAGGGAGAUGUCAGCUGGUUAUCAAAAUGGACUUAACUACAUUGCCUUAAACUUGAUGGAGGGAAACCUUGGAGGAUGCAGGUUAGGGGGCUGUGACGGACCCCUGAGGUUCAAGACGACAGCCUGUGGCUGCAAGGGGGGCAUGAAUGGUUUCAACACUAGCCCCUAUGCCACCAUGGGAUUCAAGGAGACUGCUGCUGCUGUGAAAGAAUGAAGGCUGAUCCUCUCACCCCACCCCCCUCCCACCCCUUCUCCUCCCUCCUUUUCCUGUGAAUGUUCACUGCAGCCAAGUGACGAGGUCGCCACAGCGACAGCUGGACCAUGUGCUGCAGUCGAUGUCCUUUGACCUCUUUGCCGCCUUCGAGGGUCACAGGGACGGCCAUCACCAUGGCAACACGGACACUUGACCCUUGCCCCAAAUCUUCCCUCUGCUUUUCUCGGCACCAAAACAUUCAGGCGCCAUUGCUGCUGCUAUACUGGAUUACUUAAAAAAUAACAAGAACUUAAACGGACUAUUAACUCUAACUAUAGAUAGGCAACUAUUUAUCUCUGUGCAUAGGCCUGCAAAAAUUAUUCUGCAGUAUAUUGUUAUAUUGCUUAUUAUUAUUGUUUUAUUGCCAUUUAUACACUUUCAGCUGGUCUUUUUUUGGCUUCAGCCAAUAGUUGCCAGAUACUCUCACCUGAAAUCCUGUGAACCAAACCUGGAGACCAUCGUGUGCACACAAAAACCUUUCAUGCAUACAGAUUACAUAUAUUUAUUUAUUUAUCAUGUAUGUAUGCAUUUAAUGAAGUGUGUGUCUGAAUUUGUAUACAGUUUAUACUGCAAAAAGAGGUGGCAUUUAUGAACAUAUUUAAAAAUCAAAGUUAACAAUUGCUAAAAACAAAACAAAAAAACCUACCUCAGCAAAAACCAGGCUGGUACCAAUUCACACAGUAGAAAUAUAUAUAUAAAAUAUUUAUUUUCCGAGGUGAAUGUUUUUUAAAAAAUCACCAUUCCAAAGCCUUACUCUAUCCAUCAGCCCCCUUUCUGAUGGACCUUUUAAGUUUGGACCUAUAAACACACAGUAUAUCAAAGAUUUAACCGAUCAUUUUAUAGACUGAAUGUUUAUCAGAGCCGAAUGAGAGACAGCCUCUCUGAGAUUAAGUUCCUUCUCUGCCCACCUUACAUUAAUGACAAGAUUAUGUAUUAAAGAUCAAGAGUAAUAUAUUUAUUAAUAUGCCUGAGAUGGAGGAUUUAUACACACUAACAGAAUAGCCAGGACUUUAGAGGAGUACCUGACAUUGCAUUGCAUCACACAUGCAUGCAGGUGUCACACAUUCAAACAUUGCAGCAUGAACCAGAUCCGACUGGACCUGAACACCAGAUCUGUGGCCUGUCUGAGCCCAAGUCUCAGCACCUUUAUACACCUUACCUACUCAGCCACUGUUCAAAUGUGAUAUCCUGCACACACACAGCCUGCAGGAAGUUAUGACCUGUCAGGUAAAGGGACAGAGACAUGAAUGUUUGAAGUAACAAAGUAACUGGACAGCUCAGAAUUUUAUCACCUGAUGCCUCAUUGCGGAGCUCUGUCACACCACACGGUUGGCUGGCAGGUGCAGGCAGCACUGGGCAAUGUGGCAAAUGCAUGGCACAGUCUGACUGGCUGUUCAACGAGCCUGCUCAAUAGCUUGAAUCCACUUUGAGAGAGUCAGACAGGACGCGCCGGAGCUAAUGCAUGGUCUUGCACUUACAAACUUUCUAGAUUGUAACACAAGACACAUUGAAUGUAGUACAUGUGUUCCGAGCUUGGGAACACACAACCCAACAAACACCACAGCAACUGCAACAACAACAAUGAAACAUGCAGAGGUACCGAAUGGAAACUAUAACUAUGACAGAAACAAGCCGAAUAAAAGAAACAAACCAGGGGAAGUAUCUCUUUAUUUAUCUGAAUUCACUGGGACUUAACCGUUGCCUAUAUACUGUAAAUAGUACGGUGUUACAGAGAAUUACAUUUAAGCAAACGCUAAGAAACUUUGAGAGAUGUUAAGUUAAAUAACUUAUGUUGUUUGUACUGUACAUAGUAUGUGUUUGAGUGAAUUUUCUGAUACAACAAAAGCACUAAUUAAGUUAUAUGCUAACCAGUAUGGUUUGGCUUUGAUUUUCUUUUUUUUUUAAACUGUCAUGCGAUAGUCUUGUGAAAUGGAUGCCACUAUGAGGACAUUUUCUAAUGCUGUAAUUCUGAAACCAAUUUUUUUAAGAGAAAUUAUUAAUACUUGACAUAAUUAAUUAUUGCUACUUAGGUACAACACAAAUGGCAUAUAUGCAAUAUUUACACUUUUGAAAAUUAGUUUACAAAGACGUACCAAAUGUAUACAUACUGUUAAUAAUGUUUGUUAAACCUUAAAAUCAGAUUUUUGCUGUUUGUACAUUUUUUUCUCCAAAUUUGAGAUGAAAACCUUUACGUGUUUGUUUUUUGCUAAUCGAGCCUCUUGGUCUUUUGAGCAGUGUUUUGCAUUUGGAUAAUGUUUCAAGUUUUUAUUCAGCAUCUAAAUGUUACGAUAUGGGCUUCUCUUGCUGUGUCUUUCAUUGUAAAUAUUUCAUAUCUUGCAUAUUGUGAUGCUACUAAGAGAUGAUAAUUUAAACUUAGUUCAUUGCUUUAGAUUGUAUUGAUUCUUUAUAGACACAUGCAAUAAAUAAUGUUAUUUAAGAAA